AUGUUUAGCACAACCACAUUAAGGAAGGCAUACAAUUACAGAAUUGCUCCCAUUAAUAGCAGUGACAUGUGGCCAGAGACAAACUACACUCCACCAUUGCCUCCUAUUAAUAGAAGGAUGCACGGUAGGCCAACUACUAAGAGGAUGAAAUCCACUACAGAGAAUACAGGAACACACAGGGGUAGUACAAGUGAACCACAACAUCAUGAAGAGGUUGAAAUAACUCCAAUUGAGAUGGAUACUACUCAAAAUGAUAUGCAAGUUGCUCUUACUGAUGUUGAAUCUAGUAGUGCAGGGGAUUUUAGUCAUUAUAUGAAAUUUACUCCAUCUAGAUGUUAUGAAGGUGAUGAGGGUGUUAUGGGUGAGGAAGCUGAUGUGGUUGAGGAAGCUGUUGUGGUUGAGCAAGUUGUUCAAGAUGAGGAGGCUGAGGAGGUUGAUCUUGUUAUCCAAGUUGAUAAUGUAAAUGUUCAGGAGGUUGAUGAGGUUAAUCCUAAUACCCAAGUGGAUAAUGGUAAUCUUCAGGAGGUUUCUCCUGUUAACCAAGUUCAGCAGGUUUGUGUUAAGCCAGUUUCAGAUAUUUUGAAGAGGAUAAGGAGAAGAAAGUCAGAGAGAAUAUUGAAGCUGAAAUUAGGCAAAACAAUUGGUGGUGUUGAUGAUCCAGGAAAUUCAAAGGGAAAAGCUCUUGUAAUUGAUUAG